GUGUAAACAAAUUUUUACAUCUGCAGUUCGUCAAAAAAUGGGCCACGGAAUAUUUUUGGUCCCAUCUUCCAACCAUGCAUAAGGAACUGGUUGAGACAACACCGUUCAACGCUCAGGCAGAGUACAUCAAACAAGCUUCGUGUAUAGAGGACGUACCAGUGCAUUACUAUAAACUGUACAAGACAAAAAAAGAGACCACGCCGUCCGUAGUACUGGGGAUCUACCAUCAAGGCAUAAGAAUCCACCAUGUCGCCCCACAACGAGACGAUGGUAUACAUCUACUCGACUUCGAGUUUCCAUGGAACAAAGUUGGUCGACUUUUCUUUGCUGCAAAGAGGUUUGAGAUAUAUCCUGAAGAUUUGCCAGCCAGCCGCCGCUUGACGUACUACACAGGCAGCCACACCCGGUCCAAGUACCUGCUGCGGUUACUCAGAGAAACUCACUCUCUCUAUAUGAGCUUGACACCCUUUGUACAACACAUGCGAAAGUUGGACGGUCGAGCAACAAAACGUCAAUACCGCGAAUCGUACAUCAGCGGCAAGAAUCUUGAAUAUGACGUCAAAGGGGUUGAAGAACGUCUUGUUGGUGGGGAAGGGGAAAUGAGCCCUCAGUCCAACAACAGUAAAUCCGGUGUUCGUGAGAAGCUUUACAAAUCGUAUAACUCAAGCACCAGUCAUGGCAGCUCCCAUACCUCUGGUAUUGAGAGUGAUUCCAAGCAAAGAAACGAAGCUGAUUAUGAAGACGAGGACGAAGUGGAGGAAAACGAUAACGCGUUCGUGGACGAUUUCGACCCGAUUGAGCUAGAUGGGCCACCUAGCGGCGGUGUGAUCUGCGUGACAGAGAAACACUUAGCGGCGCCACAGCACAAGAGUUUAAGUGUUUCCGAUUUGACAGAACAAUUGCCGGUUGUCCCCGCUCCAGUGGAAGAACGAGAGCUGUCAAGCACUUCCGAGACGACCCAUAGUGAGCUUACUGUCAAGGGCGAUUGCUUCGAUUUCCCCGAGCCCACUGUUUCAAAAAGUGAAGAUGACGUCAUGCGUGACGUUACUCUUGCGUCACCGGUUAAAGAGCGUGUUAUGUCUCCCGGUGUCGAAAAAGUCACACAAAGCAGCAACAGCUACCCAUCGAAAGUCGCACACAUUAAGGAAGCAUCGUUGGAGAGACUGCCCCAGCCGGGCGCGCUGAAGCAUAGCUUGUCACAUGACGCUUUGUCCUACAUCUCGUCCAGUGAGGCGUCUGCAUUCAGCCACGUGAGUGCUCGGCGGGACAUUCCACCAACCCAGCUCAGAGGAUCUAGGACUUACUACGAUGACAUGCACACAAUACCACGCCAGCACAAGUUGUCGUCAUCGGAUUCCAGUAAACGUACAUCCGUCCAACACAGCAGCAGACGCAGUAAAGAUGGUUUGGAAGAAAAAUCUCGACGUCACAGACAUCGUAAGCGUUCAUCACGUGACCAUGACGUAGUUGGUGGCCGUAUGCAGAGAAGUGCAAGCACUGAAACUGGUCUUCACCAAAGCGGUGGUCGUCACAGGAACAAGUCCGGAGGAAAGCGACACCACCGUCAUAAGUCGAUGCACGACGCUAAGGAUUUUGCAGACGAAGUGGAAAUUAUGGUCGACCCAGCAUCCCCGCAUUUUGGCGCCAUGCUUUCGGCUCAAAAGAGCGUAGACGACCUGGCCGAUUCAACUGACUCGCUGCUUUGUCGCAGCGACCGACAUAACAACAUACCAGCUGCGUUCGAAGAAAAACUCAUCGAGCGUCUGUCUUCCCUCCCGUCACCCCCGACGGUUCCUAACCCCGCGGAAGACGCGAUCGAAUCUCCGAGCUCCCAUUACCGCAAGAUGAGCGACGCGUGCCAGAAAACCAUCGCAGCUCAGCACCGUAAACUCUCCGACAGCAAGCUUCCCCAGCAGCAAAGAAAACGAUCCGACGCCGACCCGCGCAACCGAAAGACUUCAUCACAUGGCGGUCCCAAUGGCAGCGCCGGUAACACACCCCGAAAGGUAGAAGUCCUUCUGCGCUCGAAAAACGAACAAAGACGACGUCCAGUCUCCUGUAUUGCGACCACCGGCGACUACAGAGCGGACAAGAGCACCUGCUACGAAGCUGCUAAGACCUCGAGGCCACCAGCUUACAUAGACGGUCUCAACGAAGUUAUUGUGUAGCCGCUAUAAUUUCACUUCACCCAAGAUAUUGCAUUUUCCGUCACUAACCCGCAGAAUUUCGUGCCAAAGAUUUGGCGAGUAACUUAUAAAAUGUUGGUUUGACGUGACACGAACGAGCAAUCACCUUGCCAAUGUUGUUUCAAUCGGCCUUUUUUUAUUUUAUUUUCUAAUUGCAUUGGCUUUUUGUUUUUACAAAGAUGUACAGAUACCAAAACACAUUUCUGUAUCGAAACCCGCGUCCUCCCACGUCUGUUCCUCGUUCGUUUUUUUUCGCUUCUUCAUCGCUGCCUUUUUCAUUUUUGUAUAAAUUUGUGUUGCUGCUAACAUUGCAGUUCGCCCGCUCACUUACACAAACGUGCGUGCUUGCAUGUAGCACGAGAGACCAUUUGUAUCGAUAUGUAAGAAAGGUGUGCAUUCUUAGUUUAUUUUACGGCGUCUUCCUGUCUUUUGUUGGUUCCGCCGAACGAUCAAUUGUUUGCUGUUUUUCGUUUUUUUUUCAUUCACUUUAACUCAGGCAUCCCACUGCGGCGGGUGCUCUUCGUUGAAUAAAUAAACACGUGCAGUACACCGA